CCAUAUCAAAAAUCAAAUCUUUCCAAAAUCUAAACCUUCUUGAAUCUCUCCUUAUCAAUGGCGGCCUUAGCACCCGGGAUCCUCCAGAAGCUAAUCGACGGCAUGAAGACCGGAGUCAAACCCACGGGAGAGCACAGAAGCUCUCUCCUCCAAGUCACUGACAUAGUCCCGAUCGAUCUCGACGAGAAGAAUCUGUUGCCGAAACAGGGCUUCUUCAUCAAACUCUCCGACUCUUCCCACUCCAUCUACGUCACCCUCCCCUCCGACCAAGACGACGUCGUUUUGAGCAACAAGAUGCAGCUCGGCCAGUUCAUCUACGUCGACAGGCUCGAUCCGGGUACCCCCGUUCCGAUCGUGCAAGGCGCGAGGCCUAUCCCGGGAAGGCAUCCUCUGCUCGGGACUCCCGAGGUCAGCGCGAGAGGGAAGGAGAGGCAGAGGAGAGGGUCUUGGGGUCAAAACGGCGACGUUGCGUCUCCUUUUGUGUUAAAGUCUGCGUCUUGGGGCCAAAACGGUGACGUUGCGUCUCCUUUUGUGUUAAAGUCUGGGACUUUGGAUUUCGAUCAGUGUACUCCGGUGGCGAAACAGAGGAGGUUUGGGUUUGGGGCGGCGUCUCCGAUGACGAGGGGUGGUGUAAGGUGUUCUUAUGGAGGAAAGAUGGGGGAUUUGAGAGGGGAGAGUCCUGGUUCGGUGAUGAGGAAGAGCUGUGUCGUGCCGCCGAGCUCCAAGUUUCCGAGGAGUAGGAGUGUUUGCGAUAGAGAGACGACGGCGAAGAUGAUCUCUGUUUCUUCUGCUCUUCUUAGUCCUUUUAAAUCCUCUGCCAAGAAGAGUAACUCGCCGCCUCCGAGUGUACGUACUAGACGAGCAACGGCUGCAGCUGCUUUGAUGGAAGAGGAGAGAGAAGCUCCGAAGUCUAUUUCGAAAUUGGCUUCUCCAAAGAAUAGUAACGUGGAGAAACUAGAGAAGAGUUGGAGUCUAACAGGAAGACUCAGCACACUGAGCAAGGAAGCUAUGCAGCAGAGGGAGACGGCUCAGAAGAUAGCUCUUCAGGCAUUGAGAGAAGCUACAGUCACUGAAACAGUUGUUCGUCAUCUCAAGACAUUAGCCAAUCUGAGCAAAUCAGCAAAACCUGAUUGCCCUGCAGCCUGCUUCGAGAAGUUCUUGGAGUUUCACAAACAGAUAUCUGAAACCAUGAGAGAGAUCUCUUCCAUUGAAGCAGCUGUUUCAUCAGCCAGUGAGAACAAGUCUGAGGAUGGAUCAACGUCUUUGAUACUUAACGAGAUCCAGCACAACUCUAUUGAUCAGGAGAAAACUACAUCAAAGAGAAGAGCUACUUCCCUGAAGCAGCAGCAAAACCACAAGCAACUGAGGUCAAACGAUGAGAACAAGAAUCCAUCAGGCUUAGGAAACACAGCGAGGUUGGCUAAAGAGACAGAGAAAGAAGCUGCAAACUGGUUCAUGGAGUUUAUAGACAAGGCUCUAGAGAAAGGGAUGAAGAAGUGUAAAGGCACAGGUGAUGCAGAUGUUAAGAAGGUUCCUCAGUCUCUGAUUCUCCAAGUUGUAAACUGGGUGGAAGCAGAACAGUCUGCUGAUAAUAACACUAGACGGCAACUACAUCCAAGAGCAUCACAGAUCACUAGAAAGCUCAGAAUCAAAAUGAAGAAUCCUUGAAUCAUAAAAGUGAAGAUAAUAAGAUUUUUUUUUUAAUAUUGUUCCCACAUCUACUGUGAAAAGGCUUUUUUUAGUUUCCACUGCUUAUAGAAAUAUUAUUGUUUUAUUCAUAAAGUGGUUAUUCCCCAAUAUCAAGAAAUGAUUCA